UUAACAUCUUCAAUUCUACAUUCAGCGAUAGGUGGUAUUUCCUUUUAAAACGGAAUUAGCCAUAGAAAAAAUGGACCUUCAGCAGAAAAUGUGGCACGCUGCUUUAGACGGAGAGGAAAACCAAGUUAGAAGAUUAAUCGAAGAGGGUGCUAAUGUCAAUGCAGCAACUGAUCUGUUUAAGGCGACGGCAUUACACCGAGCUUCUCUCAUGGGAAGACCGGAAGCUGUAGAUGUUCUUCUAAAAUGCAGAGCUAAUGUGGAUCAAAAGGACGGUGAUGGUUUAACAGCUCUGCUAAUGGCCGUCAACAAGGGUAAUAUGGUGAUUACUGAACGCUUGAUCAAAGAAGGUGCUGAUAUUAACGCAACUAACAGGGAUGGCAAAGCUGCUUUGCAUUUCGCUGCAUUACAAGGAAACCACGUCAUAUGCAAACGACUCAUAGAAAAAGGGGCAAAAAUUGAGUUGAAAGAUAAUGAUGGGAAUACUCCAGUAGAACUAGCAAAACAAAAAAUCCAAGAGAAAAAAGAAGAAGGACUUCUUGAACAUACAGAAUCUUUCUAUAAAACUGUGCAUUUAAUUGACACGAUUAUACAAGAUGAAAGAAAAGCACAGAUAUUUCAUACACGAAUACUCAAUCAAAUGCAUGAAAUGGGAAUGGAAAAAGAUGAAGCAGAAAGAUUCCAACGGUAUUUGGAGGAGGGGUCUGAGGAAUUUUAUGAACUUAAUCUAAUGCUGAUUGGUGAAUCAGGAGUCGGGAAAACUACUAUUGCCAAAGGUCUUCUUGGGGAUCUUGAUGAUCCCGAAAUGCCAUUAGAGAGAACUAAUGGUAUAGAUAUACAUUUACAGAGAUGCCAAUACAAUAGAGUUACCCGCCAAAUAUUUCCUGUUGAGAGAGCCGAAAAUGAAGAUCUCUUCCUAGGGUACAGGUUAGGUAUGGUAAUUUACAAAUCUUUGGGGUCAUCAAAAAACAAAUACGAAACAGAACAGUCACAUGUUGAAAGGACUGAAAGGACUGGUGAUAGCAACACUCAGGAACAGGUUCUUUAUUGCUGUAACAACAGAGAUUUACACUCUGUUGAGGACAAAGACAAAGGGGAUGCUACAAAAAAAAGAAAAAGGGAUCAAUCUCCACAAAGUGACUUUCAAAAUCUUGCGAAAAAGGCAAAACUAGCUUCUGCAGAAAAAAGAUUGGUUCCAGUCACAGUUUGGGAUUUUGGUGGACAGGAAGUUUUCUACGCAACUCAUCAAACAUUCUUGUCAAGCAGUUGUUUAUAUAUGCUGGUCUUUGAUUUGAAUGUACUGGACAAACAUUCGCAAGAUACUGGAUUUCCCAAAAUUGUUCUUGUUGGAACACAUGCAGAUCUAUUUCCAAUGGAAAAUAAAGGUAUCAAAUUAUGGGAAAUUGUCCAGAAACUUGAAGAUUUCUUCCGAGGUUCGACGCAAAGGAGUCAUCUUAUAAUAGAUAUCCGCUAUUUUAUUAACGCUACAGAUGUCAAUGGAGUACCAUUUGAACUUCUUCGACAAUGCAUCAUGGAAACUGCAGAAUCACUGCCAGAUUGGGGAAAACUAAUUCCCCGCAAAUGGAUACUUUUGGAAAACGAAAUAUCUGAUAUGAAGUCAUCUGGACGUAAGAUAGUCUCUGUUGAAGAAAUCCACAAUCUAUGUAAGAAUAAGGGUGGGUUUGAAAGACAGGAUAUAGAGGACUUCUUGAAUUUUCAGAAUUCGCUGAGUAAGGUGUUGUACUUCAAAGAAAGAUAUCUAAAAGAAAAGGUAAUACUUGAUCCAAAGUGGGUGAUUGACGCUCUAUCUUCCUUUAUUACAGAUGAACACUUUGUAAAGCAGAAGGAAAGUUACGAAGCCAAAGAUUGGCUUACAUUAAAAGAAACUGGAAAGAUUAGUAUGCGUUUUAUUGAUAAUUUAUGGAAGGAAACCGAGUUCGGCACAUUUAGGGAUCAUCUCAUCAAGGUCCUCUGUAGACUGGACUUAAUAACACAGAGCAAAAUUAAAAAUAUGUUUUAUGUUCCUAGUAUGGUGCAACAAAAGUGCCCAACAGUUGAUUAUAACGAAAUAUGUCAGGCAGUUGAAGUAGGAUUGGUGUCGUUCAGGUUUUCGUUCCGGAAUAAAUUUUUACCCCCAGCUGUUUUUUAUAGGAUGAUCGGAACUUUUCUCUACUUGUUUGAAGAAGGGUCUCUUUCCCCUCCUAAACUUUAUAGUAAUUGUGUAAUGAUUGAAUUUGCAAAGUCGAAAUGGAUGGUUAUGUCCAAAAAAGAGCAUGAAAUAGAGUUUUUCGCAUAUCAUCAGGAUGAAAGAGGAAAAGUACAGAAUCUUGAAUCUUAUCAAAAUACAUUUACUCUGGCAUUUGAUGCCUCUAUCGAUAUAAUAAAAACAUACAGAACUUUCCAUGAGUUUGAAUUGAAAAAAGGCAAGAUUCCAUUCGAUGUACUUUGUCAGGGCUGUCGAAAAAAUGACUCCUGCUUUAUCAGCAAAAAAGAUUUUUCUUGUCUCAAGACAUUUAGAUGUCCCAAACAUAAUGAAUACAUUGCAGGUGUUGAAACCAUUGAGAAGAAUUUCCAUUCUUUAAUUGAAGAGGAAUUUACCGAGAAGGAAAUUCAAUGGCCUGCUAUUGAAGAAAACUACGAAUGUUUACUUGAUUUUAUAGCAAGUAAACUUGAAGAAAAUGACCGCGUUAUCCUUGCUGUGAAUUUAGGAUUUGGCAUCCGGUAUGUCGAUAAAUUUCGACAUGAACAGCUAUCGUCACAUGAAAUGUCAUUUAGUCUACUAUACGAAUGGAAAAAUAGAAAUGAAAGUAUACAAAAGAUAGAGCAUUCUUUAAGACAGAUUUCGAGGAAAGAUUUGUUGGACCUGUUGUCUAAUUUUUCCUUUGAAGAGUUUAACAAUGAAGCAUCGAGAUUGAAUAUUCCAAACCCGAACAACCUUGUAACAGAUUUGGAUUUAGCUUAUGUGGCCAAAAAUGUAGUUAAUUUUAAGAGUCUUUCUAGGUUCCUAAGAAUACCUGAAAUAGAGCUGAUUAACAUUGAACACGAACACAAACAAUCCUCUAUUUCAAUUAAAGCAUUGCAUAGCCUCUAUUGGUGGAAAGAACAAUAUGAAAACCACACAAGAUUACAACUUUGCUCAGGGUUGAUGUAUGUUGAGAAAAAAGGAUUGAUAGAAGAACUUAAAAGAGAGUGGGCAUGUUCAGAAUUUACAAAAGUGACGUGAGUUCUUGAAUUAGUGUAU